UUUUCUUUCUUAAAAGAACAACUCAUUGGGAAUAUUUACGUUCUUCAGUAGUCUAUAUGGAAAGCGUAUAGACAGAAGAGUUAACUGCCUAGUUAUGCAUGAACUAUGAAAUAGAAAGAAAUAUUCACUAUACACAUUAUGAUUGAUGAUAUCCAAUCACAACACAAUUAAUUUAUCCUGAAAAUCUAUCUCAUUGGUAUUAUUUAAUAAAAUUAACGAAAACAAUGUCAUUAUUACAAAAGCGCUAGAUGACAUCAUCACCAUGGAAUCAUUCAGUUACUAAGAUACUAUACAACACUAUCUAUCCUCGAGGAUUAGGAUUUAUUCUCGAUAAUAAUACUAUUUCAAAUAUUAAUUGUUCGUAAAACAAUUCUGUAAGAGUUUGUCGAUAACUGAGACAUAUCCUAGUUUGAUCAUUAUUGAUAAACAUGGAAUUCAUGAACUAUUCAUGUUUACUUCUGAUGCUCUUGUUCACUUUUCUGUUCACUACUGAAAGUAAUUUUGUACUUCGUCCAACAAAUCAGAUCACUCAUGCUGGAUCUACCAUACAACAUGCAUGUAGUGUUAUGACUACACCAGUUUUUAUUGAAUGGUAUUUAAAUACUAACAAAAUUGGAAGUUGUCUAUUUCAAACCAAUACAACUACAAAUACUUUUGGUGAUCCGAAAUUUCAAAUUAUCAUAGGACAAUAUACAGAGAAAUUAUUACCAAUAUGUCAACUUAUUGUUACAAACAUUGAUUUCGUCGAUACUGGUGAAUACAAAUGUAAAACUAUUCAUCAUGAUUCUGAAAGUGAUACAGCUUCAGCUUAUAUUCUUGUUUCAUAUCCUAUACGACAACUUGAACUACACAUAGAUAAUGAAACUGCUUUAUCAGUCGGUCAACGUACUUAUAUUGAAUGUAAAGCACGUGCUGGCAAACCUGCACCACAUAUUCGUUUGAAUUUAGGUGGGCUACCUAUUUCCGAGGCAAGAGUUGUACAAAAAGUAGAUAUUGAAGGUCUGAUCACAUCAACAGCAACAGCCAAUAUACAAUUAACAAAUACACAUCAUUGGCAAUUGUUAACUUGUCAUGUUGAUAUGCAAGCUUAUCGAAAUGUAAAUCAAACAUUCAAAGUGAUUCACCUAAAUGAUUAUGUGCCAGCAGAACUGUAAAAAAGAAAGGAAGGUGAAGGCACUAAACUGACUGGGUGAACAUAUUUCAAAUCUUAUAAACAAUUUUUAUGAGUACAUAUUGAUAUUUUAAAAUUUCAUUUCAUUGAUACACAAUCACUCAUAUGUGAAGUUCCAAGGUUUGUUAUUUGCCUAAUCAUUACUUUCAUCAUCACUGAAUUCGGAAUAAAUUUUUGAAUGUAACAACAAAUAAUUGAACUACACCACUUUUCGCUGACAGUUUUUAUCACGAUUUAAUGUCAUCAACUGAAGAUUCUUUGAAUCUCAGCAAGCAAAAUAUAGUUUUUGGUAGUACAAUAGAUUUACUCAGCAACGAGAAAUCACAACUAUACAUUCAAAUAUAAUUUUAAUCCUCCCAUCAAAACCCUACCAAUUCCUCCUAUACCAGUCAGCAUCAUGCGAGGUAGUCGUCAGUGGGUGACCACACGUAAUACUUUUCCUGACCACCUCAAUUGGCAGUGUUCUACUACCUCGUAAAUCUACUUAUCAUCCUUGUUGAUACUCUGUGUUGUACCCC